GUCAAAACAAACCGAUGCUAGAUAUUUACGUUUUGUUGGAUGGUUGCGCUGUAAUUUUUAAUAUCACCAGAUUUUCUCAGCGAAAUAUUUGUGUUUUACUAAAAGUUUACCAUUCACCGUAAUCGACUGGGUCGUUUCGCAAUGGUGAUCUACCAGUUGGACCAGUUCCCGAAUGUUUGCCGCCUGUGUAUCCAGCCAAAGCCGAACGAUCAGCUCAUCCCCAUUCAAUGCAGCACUUUGGAGCACGGGAACCAAACGCUGCAGGAUUUGCUUGAUAGUCUCACAUUUGAGAUUCCUAAGGAUAUUGCAGAAUUGGUCCCGAAAGCCAUGUGUUGCAAAUGUUUUACCGAGUUUGAAUUUGUUGUUCAGUAUCAACGGAGAAUGACCUUGCUCACAAAAUUUCAAGUUGCAUUUGCUCGGGUCAAAACGGGUGAUAAUGCUCUCAUUGAGGAUCUAUGGCUUAAGAAUCGAUGCGACAUAGAGAACCUUUUUAAAGAAAUAAAUAUUUGCGAGGCUGAAGAAGAUUUACUACAACGAAUACUCGAAUACGAUCCUGGGAAGUCCAAAGAACCAAACACUCACAGAGUUCUGAAAACGGAAGGAAAAUCAGAAAUAGCCGAGCAGGUUAAUAGAAACGAAGAUGUUGAAUAUUACAAUGUAGAGUAUAUUGAGGAUGCUGAAGACGGAAAUUCUCGAGAGAAGCAAAUAGAAGAGAAUCAAGCGCCAGCAGAGUCCAUUGAAUCUGUAGUGGAGUUUCUGCACGAAACGGAAGAUAACUCGGAGAUGUUCUACUUGAUCAACGAAUGUGAAGAGCAAGCAGUGAAAUCCAUGAAACAAUCCUCAGAGCCGGAGAAUAGAAUGCUUCAAUGUCCUCAUUGCAAGUAUCAAACGACGUCACAGAACAGCUAUGCAUAUCAUGUGAAUCGCCACAAGACUUCCGGAGAAGAUUCAACAGAGCCCACAGAAAAAUCCCCAAAGCAAAAGCAGAAAAUUAAGAUGCUCCAGUGCCUUUAUUGCAAGUACCGAACCACCUCCAAGAGCAUGUUUCAAAAUCACGUAGAUCGCCACGAAAAUCCCAACGAUGAAAAACCAUGGAAAUGCUCCUUCGCCAAUUGUAGCGAAGCUUACGCCACGAAAGACGAUCUGCUAGGACACAAAAAAGAAAUACAUUCCAAGUACGUGUGCGACAUUUGUGGCCUGGUGCUGAAGCACAAAUACACCCUGGAAGUCCACUUGCGGCGGCACAAUGGCAACAGCAAGUAUCCCUGCCGGUACUGUGAUACAUCGUAUUUUACCGCGAACGAACUGAAACUGCACGUGACGGUUGUCCAUUUCAACGCCGCAGAGUUUCAGUGCAAUGAGUGCGGGUUGGCGUUCAAAAACAAAAAAUCAUUGUCUUUACACAAGAGAACACAUUCCGAGCAGCGUAGUUUUCCGUGCGAUGAGUGCAACAUGACUUUCAAAACAUCCGCCCUUCUUCGGAGGCAUCACAACAGCAUCCAUCGGGGAAUAAAGUUCUACUGUUCCAUGUGCCCAAUCAGUUAUGGACGAAAGGACAAACUUCGGAUGCACAUGGAGAAAGUCCACAAGGUUCAAACUUAUUUUCCUUGUGAAAUUUGCCUCAAAACGUUUGCAACGGCGUUUGAACUGAACGAGCACAUUGAGCACCAUCGCAACCCCAAGGAUCUGGAAUGUGCCACGUGUCUAUCCGCCUUCCUGAACGCAAAGGAAUUCGACGAGCAUUUGUGCAUCAGUUAUCGAGAUGACUAUUUCUGUUGCGAUCGCGAUUUCAAAUACCACCUGCAGUACAACAAGCACAUGUUUCUGGUACACGGCUUGAAGACCAACGCCCGCGUUCGACUAACGGCCAAUCAACUGCUGGGAGCGGCAAGGGCUUCUCGUAAACAGAUCGAACGAUGUACCAAGUGCGAUAAACCGUUUGCUACACGAAAGCUCAAGAAAGAUCAUAUGGCGCUCUGUUUGCGGGGUGACAUGUAAGUCGAUUCGGAGCAGCAUCGACACGAAUUUCAAAACGGAUUGAUGGCACAUUCGGUGGAUGAGAGUCAUCGGAUGAUAUCGUUCGAUCGUGAAUCACAUGUUGUGGUUCAGUCUGGUAGUUGAAACACAGUCUUGUUAUUCAAUGAGUUAAACUAGUUUUUGGGAAUAAUAAAUCUCUAUUUAUGUAAAGAUA